AUGCCUCUUCUGGCCAGCGUCAUGGGCCUGGCGGGCCUUCUCUUCUGGACAGGCCACACAGUGGGGGCCUUAAGGAUGCCCAACACCACACUGGUCCUGGGCCGACCCAAGAACGUAGCUGUGUGGCCCCUGUCCGGCUUGGGGGUACCCCGGUACCGCCGGAAGCGCCAUAUCUCUGCCCGGGACAUGAGUGCCUUGCUGGGUUACCACAACCACAUCCGGGCCAGCGUACACCCACCCGCAGCCAACAUGGAGUAUAUGGUUUGGGAUGAACAGCUGGCCAGGUCUGCUGAAGCCUGGGCCACUCAGUGCAUCUGGGCCCAUGGACCCUCACAGCUGAUGAAAUAUGUGGGCCAGAACCUGUCUAUCCAUUCCGGCCGGUACCGUUCUGUGGUAGAUCUCAUGAAGUCCUGGUCUGAGGAAAAGCGUCAUUACUCAUUCCCAACUCCAAAGGAUUGUACCCCACACUGCCCUUGGCUCUGCAGCGGUCCUGUAUGCUCCCACUAUACCCAGAUGGUGUGGGCAUCCUCCAGCCGGCUGGGCUGUGCUCUUCACACCUGUAGCACCAUCAACGUGUGGGGCAGCACCUGGCAGCAGGCUGUGUACCUGGUCUGCAACUAUGCCAUCAAGGGCAACUGGAUCGGGGAGUCGCCCUACAAGACUGGGAAGCCCUGUUCUGCUUGUCCCCCCAGUUACCAAGGCAACUGCAACAGCAACAUGUGCUUUUCUGGGCUCACAUCCAACAGGCUCCCAUAGAUCUGAACCAGCCCAGUGUUUUGGUAUCUGACCCUGGAAAGAUUCCUCCCCAAAGUUGAGAGGGAGGCAGCGGUUGGGCAACCCUACAGUUCU